UGGAAAUUAUGUUUGCAGCUAAAUAAUAACUUCAAAUUCAACUUCAUCUGCACGCGACACCGUCUAGCAUGGACUGUUACCGAUUGUCUUCUGUGAUGAUAUUCCUGUUCUUCGUGACAUAUUUUCUGUGGUGCGUUGUCUCCUUUUUACACUGGCAGCUAUUCUGAAGUGAAAGGGGGUUCAAAAAACAUAAAUUAGAUACUAGGAAAUAUUCAAAUGGAUACAAGUAGAUUGGAUGUACAGAUGGAGACGGAGGGUGAGGCGUCAAGCCGUAAAGGAAAUGACAACAUAGAAGAGACUUGCCUGCAGGCACUAGAAAAAGCUUCGUCGGACACAGAAGUCUUGGCUGCUCUUCUCUUGGUUGCCAAAGUAGUUCAAGCAGAGAACACAGAUGUUGCAACGAGGAAACGCAUAUUUGAUGUGGUGGGAUUCAAGUUCAUCAACAGGUUGUUCAAAACAGCCAAUAAUCCCAAGCGUGAAGACGGGCCAAUGUAUCGCAGCUUAGCCGUCACACUUCUUAGAUGCUUCAUCACAAUCCCGGAUCUGGCUUCGCACUCUAAGAUGAUCAGUCAGAUCCCAAUUUUCAUGGAGAUUAUCAGUGGAAGCAAAACAUCGGUUGAGGACGACGAAAAGCAGAUGAUUGAUGAAACUUAUCAAAUCCUGGUUACCAUGGCAAUGGAGGAAGAGCCAAGGAAGAUUUUCUGCAACCAGGAGAUUGUAGCGUUACUCUGUCAAGCGUUUGGAGAUCAGUAUUACAAUUGUAAUAAAGCUGAAGAGUUGUUGCUGAUUUUACUUCAUUAUUGCGGAGGUCAGAUGUGGAAGCUGAACAAAGCCCAGCUGUAUUCACUGUUGCUCAAACUGGCAAGAAGGUUUCAGGAAUAUCAGGAUGAUGUUAAAUUUGAAGUUUGUGAGACUCUGUCUAGACUGCUCUCAGCUUCCAGUGAAGUCCCCAUGGAGCAAUCAGAGUGGAGCCAGUUUAUAUUCCAAGGAGUGAGUGACAUUCUCAAAAGCAAAGUUGUUGAGAAGUACCGAGACCCAGCGUUGCGUCUGGCAUCCACCAUGGUCAACCAGCAAGGUAUAGGAUGGGCUCUGGGACCGAGUCAACUCGAUAAGAAGUUCCUACUCCUGCUCAUUCACUUAGCUUGUGUGGAGACGAGAAUGGCUCUGGAAAGCCCUGACCCGAAAUAUCGAUCCUCCAAGGAUUCCGUUCUAGUGGCCUGCUUCAGCCUUCUAGAGCAGUGCAUUGAGUUUCUAACCUGUGGGCCGAUCCUAGCGCUGGAAGAUCGGCAAGUUGUGCAACUUCACACGGCCAUGACUGGUGCAUUCGGGGCUGUUAUGUACUACUUGCAAAUGGCUCAGUUUGAUGCUGCUUGGGCCGACCAGCCGCUAGUCGUAGCUGCAGUCAGGGUGCUGUGUGUGUGGCUCGCUGAGGAAACUACUGCCCUUAAAGCUCAAGUGUUUCAACUCUUACCAUUCCUCGUCAAAGUUGUAGAGAAGUCAUUCCGUGAGGCCACCUCCACCUCUAGAAGCACCCCUCAAGCCAGCGGGUCCUCACUCCUCCCGAUCUCCCAUCAGAGCCUGAGGAGUUUUGCCUCUACAGACCUCCUGAGGCUCCUCCUACCGGCGUUGUGUCAUCUUACUGCCGAGGAUGAACCCAGGGCCGUCUUGGUGGAGGAAGGAGGGAUUGAACUGCUUGGAGAGUGUUUCAGUCAUCACUGGCAGAGGUUUAUCAUGGGGGAUGAAGAUGGGGAUUCGGAGAUUGCCAUGACAACGCUGUGCAGUGUCUUCCUGAAUGUGGCCUUACAGGAUGCUGAAGCGGUUCAGAAUCACUCCACUGUAUUCAAAGAGCUGUUGUGUCUGCUAGCGGCUGCAUUGGCACAAAUAGUGUCCGAAACAGAGCAUCUUAUUCUGUCCUUCAACCUGGCUGUACUUGGUUUGACGCUGCUCAGAACACUCGCCUAUAAUGCUGAUGUGAGAGAUUUGUCGGCCAUUAAGAAAUCCGUCAGUCGCAUGUUGGAUCUGUUUAAAGCGUCGUAUGUGGUUACCCGUGAUAACAUACAUGAAGUAUGUGAAGAGUACCAGCCAUAUUGGACGGAUGUUUCGGAGCUUUGGCUUCUUGGAAAUCAAGUUUUAUCAGAGUGCUUGUCCUGCAUACCCUGGCUGCCAGUGCUCUGUCUGCAAAAUGGAUAUCUCAAACAUAUCAUUGAACUGCUGAAGAAGGUCAAAGCUGAGACGGUUGAAGACGAGACGAGAAUUGUUUAUAGCGCCCUCUUGGGAUCAGUUGCUAAGACGGAGGUGUGUGCUGAGAUACAACAAAUGGGUGCUUUGGACAUUGCAAGAAAAUACGCAAUGGAGGAGGUAUUAGCAAGUCUGCAGGCGACUGACAGGUAGUCAUUUGCCCCAAGGUGACAAUGGGUUCAACUCAGCGUCUAGUCAGUCGGAACAACCGAGAAAAAAUGUGUACAUAGUAAAAGCAUGGAUCAAAUUUAACCUGCAUAAUCACCUGUUGCUAGCCCCUUUAAUUUAUUGCGGGAAAUUCAGAGUACUGGCAACAGGUAUAACUCCAGGUAGCAUACAGAGUAUGCAAACAAUUCAAUAUUAUUAAAAAUGUAUUAGGCACCACUGCAAGUAGCACACAGUGUAUGCAAAUUGAAAGUGUGUUUUACUUUUAGAAGCCUGUGGUGAACACCUAUGGAUUGUAUGUGCUGUAGAUUCAUCGUGGGAAAUAUAUGAUGGUAUGUUCGUGAUGAUUGAAUUGGAAUUAUUAAUGGGUUUGGUUUUUUAAACAAUUUUUCUUUUUUCUGUGGUGGAUUUUACAAAGAGUUGAGACUAGUCUUAACUCAACCUAU